AUGGAUACGCUCAAGAAUAUGCUUCGCCUGCGCCCGGAGCCUUCGACGCAGGGCUCAGCGGCAGGCCCGUACCAGUCCGAAUCCUCAGAGACGGAAUCUCUGCUCGGGCGUGGCCGACGCAAGGCGCAGCGUUUCUGGGAUGGCUUUGUCGACUUUGCGUUCCAGGGCAACGUCCUCCAGGUUGCGUUCGGAUUGAUCCUCGCGUCCGUCUUCACGGACCUCGUCAAGUCGUUUGUGGGCGACAUCCUCAUGCCGCCCAUCUCCAUCAUCCUGCCGCUCAAGCACAACAUUGAGGAGAAGUUUGCCGUGCUGCGGCCGGGCCCCUGCUACAACGCCACGUCCGGGUACAACACGCUGCAGCAGGCGCAGGGGGAUGGCGCGGUGGUCAUGGCGUACGGCUCCUUCAUCUACCAGAUUGUGUCGUUUCUGAUGAUUGGCCUCGCGCUGUACUCCAUGGCGCAUCUAUACAUGCUGCUCUCGGAGGAGCCGAUUAUCAAGCGCACCAAGAAGUGCACGUACUGCCGCCAGUGGAUCAACGAAAAGGCAUCGAGGUGUAUCAACUGCACGAGCUGGCUCGACGGGCGGGAGGACAGGGUGCAAUACUGA